AUGGCCACUAGUCCUCUGGAAAAGACUCUCCCAUGGACUAGAAAAGAUGAAGAUCUUUUACAGAAACUCCGGCAAAGCCCUAACACGCUCUGCAAACGCUGCUCCGACUUUGACAUUCUGAGAGCCUUCAAUGAAGCGAGGCCCUUGGACCAGAGUCAACGAGCUGACCUUCAGGGAGAAAAGUAUAGCGGGUACUUCGAGAUUCAAGAAAAGUACAGGCUGCGUUUGGGUCUUCUCUCCGCUUUUGUCGUCACUCCUACCUGUCCGCUGUGUCGGCUCAUCUAUCGUCUGAUUCCUCGGCCACCGCCGGAUCAUGAUAUGGACGUUUUAAGCCUGACGCCAUUUCGGUGGUAUAUUCGGCAGGACCACUGGGAGACUGUUCCGGAGAGUAGGAGAGAGAAGUUUGCCGUGUGGCUGGGGCUCUUGUCUCCGGAAGUUGAGGGACCUUCCGGACGCAGCUUUUUCACCAGUGGCCAAAAUCUCAGAACAGCAAUGAUGACUGGGGAAGCCAUCGCUCUGGCGCCCACCCAACAAACACCGGCUGAAGAGACUUAUACUGCGAGGAAGAUCAACGGGAUGGUUGACUUUGAUCAUAUUCGAAAGGGCUUGGAACACUGCCAAAAUCAUCAUCCUGAAGCAUGCCAGGCCAAAUUCGACAAAGGCCUGCUCGCUACCCGCAUGAUCGAUGUCUCAACUCGAAAGGUUGUUAACUGUCCUGAUCAGUGUGACUACCUAGCCCUCAGCUAUGUUUGGGGCGGUGUUCACCCUCAAGAUGGCGCCUUGGAAGCAGGAACUCUGCCUCAAACGAUUGAAGAUGCCAUCACUUUGACAAAGGGCUUGGGGAAACAGUACCUAUGGGUUGACGCCCUAUGCAUCGACCAGAGCUUGAACCCAACACCGGAACAAGCAGCUGAAAAGGCCAAACAACUCGGGCUGAUGCAUCUUAUCUACUACUGCGCAACCAUUACCAUUUUUGCAGUGGCCGGGCCACGAUCCGACUAUGGCAUUCCCGGUGUAUCGCGUCCUCGUGUGCCUUCUACAGAGGAAGUCAUCGACGGAGAAACUAUUUUGACUGUUCCACCUCAAAUUAUGGCGGAGGUAAAGAACUCUGCUUGGCAGAGUCGCGCCUGGACUUGGCAGGAAGAUGCACUCUCCACCCGAAAGCUGUUUCUCACCGAGACUCAGUAUCAAUUGCAAUGCAAUGAGACACUUGGCUGCAGCUAUCACUCUGAAGCAUGUGAUUCGGUGCCUGAUCUUACAUGGACGCACAUAUCAGGCGGUAAGGUCAAGGCCGGAUUUGUUGAGGCCGACAACAAAGAUUUUCUCGACAGGGCCGAUUCCAUCUUUGAGUCAAUCCUUUCCAGUUACACACCCAGAUAUAUGACCAACGAUGACGACUCUCUCAAUGCUUUCCAAGGCGCCCUUACGCGGUUCGGCUUGGCAGCUUACCCAAAGGGCUUUGAGUGGGGAAUGCCACUGAAGCAAUUCCCCCAGUCACUUGCCUGGAUACACGAUUUCACCGUCAAGCCGAAGCGGCGAGCCUCUUUCCCAAGCUGGAGUUGGGCGGGCUGGGGCGGAGGCGUGCAUUAUCCGGUUGGUCUAAUCGCGAAGGAGACUGCCCAAGUCGACCUGGUCCCACGAAUGAUUGGAAUCAAUGGCAAAGAGGUCACUCUUGAGGGCUGGGUGGCGACGCUUGACAUUCGAACCGAGCCUUUUAGUGAGCUUGUCGUACCUGGGAGUGACACGGCAGUUGGAUGUAUCACGGAGCGAAACUUUAAGCACAACAACACCAUUUCGUCGGGGAGGUACAGAUGUUUGGUCGCAGCAAGGGUGAAGAAGGAAACAUUAAGGAAUGGUCUCCAAAAUCAGCAGGUAUUUCUGGUGAUUCUCCAUGAAGACGAAGGGCCAAAAGUCUAUGAACGACAGACGGUGAUUACAGUGAGCAGGCUGGCGGUGGAGGGCAAAGACUUUAUGGAUUUUGGUCCUGAGCAUACCACUGUCACACUGAAGUAG